GGCGUUGGAGAAGAAGAUAUUGGCGAAAAAAACAAUGGCGAACAGCGUGCUAGGAAGAAAAGAGGCAAGCAAUCCGGGCCUCGCAACGAUGGAGUGAGAGCAAAGGGCGAACCUAACUCUGCAGAUCGUAAAGCACAACUCGAGGAACUCCAAGAGGGUGACACGUUCGCGGAAGAGUUGGGCAAGAAGCCACCUGUAGUCUGGAAAGGGCGACGGCCGAAUGACCCUGAUUUCGUUCGCGAGUUUCUAAAGGCAAAGUUGGGCCUCUCUUUAUUGAGGUCAGCAAAUGGAUAUGGUACCACCAAGAAGGCGGUAAAGGUCCGCCAGGAAGAAGGUCAACGUAUUGCGCAGUGGAACAAGAAGAAGGCAGUGGACGAUCGACAGGCCGAAGCUGACCGUUUCAACGGAGAUUGGGCUGCCGCUGAACAGUUUAAAAAGAUUGUCUCCACCAUCUCAAGUAUUGUUAGGGACCAAACCUCUUUUAACUUCCAGAGCUCGCCCCGCCUCGGAGA